CACGGGCGUUUGGCUGCACUCCCACCAGUGCCGAAAAUCUCUAGCACUUUGGGUCAUCCAUUGGGUACAUAGACGCGCUCGCUUUGGGAAUAGUCUGUGUCCUAUGGCAGCAGUCCCAUCAAUCCUUGCUCCGGAAGAAAUAGCCGCCGAAGAAAGCUAAGAAAGCUAGAACUCCUAACAGAAGGAUAGCAGGUGUAAGGGCCCAGGAUACUUCAACGAUUGCCUUUUGCUCCUGGGCGUGCGCCCGCCACUUUGCUCGCCUGGCGUGACUCACGCUCACAGGGUCGACAUGUGGAGCAUCGUAAUACUUGUUACCUUGUUCACUGCUGAUGUCGCUCGAGCUCAGGCCAGCGCAAGCGUGGAUCCUGUGUCGUACCUUUCAAAGGUUUCCGGCCCCUCCCACCACGUGGCCGACGUGUGGGCCAGCUUCAAGCCCUCUCCACGCCACGUUGAAAUCAUGAAGGCGGCGCCUGACACCUUCCAAGCGCUACCCCAGGCGUUUGACAAGAACUACCGCAACCCCUGCUGGACGGACGCCAGCAGCGGCAGGUUCCGUUGUGCGCCGUAUUUUCAAAUCCUGGGCGUUUCAAAAUGCGGUACGACAGAUCUGUACGGCAGACUGCGGCGUCACCCGGACAUGGCGGAUGGUGCCAAGGGACCGCACUUUUGGGACGAGUGCCCCUACCCGCCCAAGGGCCCCUGCACCGCUCCUCCCAACGGCGACUUUGACGGCUACAUCAACCUCUUCGAAAAGGGCGCCUCGCAAAUUAAGGAAAACCCGAUGGCAAUCGUGGGCGAGGCAUCCUCCAAUACCUUCACCGGUGUCUUUACGUUCGUGCGCGGACUGGCCCGUCUGAAGACCAACAUCACGCUAGCGCAGCUGAUAUACGAGGCGCAGCCGUACCAACGGCAGAUUGUCAUCAUGCGGGACCCGGUGGCCAGGUACUACUCGGCGUUUCAUUACUACAGGCGGAAACCCAGUGAGCCCUUCGAGGGGCCCGACAAGUUCCACGAGCGUGUGCUACGGGACAUCAAGGCCUGGAACACCUGCGUGGAGCGCUGGGGUGUGCCCGGCUGCGUAGCUCGCUACGAGCCGCAGCAGCUGGUAAAGGGCAUGUACGGCGAGUUCGUGCAGGCGUGGGCCGCCGUGUUCCCGGUGCAGCAGCUGCUGUUCCUGCGGACGGAGGAUUACAAGGCGGCGCCCCGGGAGCACAUCCAAGCCGUCAUCAAGUUCCUGGGCAUGCGUGAGCUGAGCGACGAGGAGACGGCCAGCCUCAUGCGGCUGCGGCGCUUCAACGCGCAGAGCGAGCGCUACCCGCGCAUGUGGCCGCAGUCGCGCAAGCUGCUGGAGGACUUUUACAGGCCCUUCAACCAGAAGCUCUCACAGCUACUUGGCAACGACCCAAGGUUCCUCUGGGAGGACACCGCGCAACGGGCAGCUGCAGCAGCAGCGUCUGAGGCAGCCUAGAGGGCGACAGCAAACUAGGACGUGAGAUGUUGCGACCCCACCUAAAGGCGCGCGCGAGUGGCUAAGGAAUGGGAUAGGAGGGUGGAUUGGCAGGGCUUCUAGGAGCUAGUGGUGUAUGGUUAUGAAGGUCGGAGCUAGCUGUGUCUUAAUUAGGCUCUCUGGAGGCAUGUUUGGGCUCGUAAGUUUUAGGAGUGGCUGAGAGGUGGAAUGGGACGCCGUGGUGGGCGCGAAAGAAACACGCGAAUACCGUACGCGCCGGGCUGAACACGUAAGCCUUUUGUCCAUGGCUGGCUAGAUAAGUCUGCUAGCCAGUCAACGGUAUAUGAAGUAUCAGACGCUUAAUUGCUUCGAUGCUGUUACUGGCUUUGCCAACUGCACAGAGAAGUUCACACUACCUGCAUAGACGUUGAAGCAACUAGCAGCCCGGCAAGCCUUUACACGUACCAAUUGCAAGUAGAAAGGUAAUUGCAAAUUUUACAAGUUAGAAGUCUUUGCUGGACGUUUUUCCUAGUUAGUUGGGUUAAGAGUUCCUACUGCCUUCCGCACCGAAAGAUUCCACCAACGCCUCCAUCUGUUAUGUAAGUGUUUUGCGUAUAUAUAGGAAGCGAUAUCCGUCCUUGUUACGCUACAUGCGUCUGUACUGACAGCGCUGUACUUCUCGUGUAACCUAACAGUCAUUCUGAGACGACUUGGCGCUUCCAGCUCGCCUCCAACGUCUGGUGCAUGCAGGCAUAUUGACAGGGCUAUUCGUUUUCCUGCUUGGAUAUGUUUGGUCCUAGCGAGCCAUGACGCUAACGUCAAUAACCUUUUCCGGACCAAAGCCCGAGGAUUCCGGGGAGCGCUCGGGGAGGAAGAAACUUAAGAGCUUCUUGACUUCACUCCGGAGAUUGAUACGUCUCGAUCGAGGUCCAGGCGGCGAUGUGGGGCCGAGGGUCCGUGGCUCAGGCCAGCCAGCAGCGUUUGACUCAUUGUCGGCUUUACCUAGGCCGCGUCAUGCUGAAACAGGCGUAGACAGAGAAUCUGGGACUUCAAGUAGCUUCAGAGCACCUCCCCGUUCAUCGGCAAGCAUGCCGCUUCUCUUCCAAGUUGUUGGUCCAACCGGUAAUUCAGAGUCAGCCGGGUAUUCAUCACCGCUUAUGCAACUUUCUGCUCGUCGGAUCCAUCCCGCUCCUAGCAGCUCGGCCCUGGUGCUGCCACCAAUUCAGGCUUUCGGACCGCAGCUGUCUACUAGCGCUAUGGCAGAUCACACCGAUUCACCUGUGAAUACCAAAGCCAGGCCGGUGUCCAUGGCUUGGAGCUCGAUAGCCGAUGGAACCGGUCGCGACGACUCCAGCGCGGCGUUAAUUGCUACCCGGGCUACAUCGUCAAACAUGGAAGACCAAACCCCAACACGUCCCCGAUACCCAGGCCACUCUCUGCCCCUACCAGUCAUUAAUUUCCACUCGACAGAGUCCCCGUCUUCGCCGCUUAUCGUUAUGCGGCCCAUCACCCCGUCCGGGGUUGCCUCAGCUCCUGCUUUCUCCAGCACCCUUAUCGCUGUUUGCCCUGGAGCCCCUUCCAACAUGCGUCGGCCGGUGUGGCGUUUGCUAGACUACAGGCUCGACGCGCGAUUGUACAAGGGCGACAUGUCAUCUGUGUACAAGGCCCAGUGCCUGGUCAGCAAUCAAAAGGUUGUGCUCAAGGUGUACAACCUGAAGCGCAUCCCGCAGAACGCACUGCAUACCCUGGAGCGGGAAGUGCGCAUCCACACCAGCCUGGCGCACUGCAACGUACUGGCGCUGUACGGCGUGUUCGAGGAGGAGGGCAGGCUGGCGCUGGUGCUGGAGCGCGCCUCCGCCGGCGACCUGUUCCGCUACCACCGGGAGCUCCUGCCCACCCCCUGCCGCAUGUGUGAGGACGAGCUGCGGCUACUGGUGCUGGCGCCGCUGCUGGAGGCGCUGGUGUACUUGCACGGGCGGGGGAUAUGCCACCGGGACAUCAAGCCUGAGAACAUCCUGCUAACCGCCAACUGGCAACUGCGGUUGGCGGACUUCGGAGCCGCGAUCAACAUGUCUGAGGAGCGAGCUGUAACCCGCACUGGCACAGAGGAUUACAUGGCCCCCGAGGUAGAGCGCUGCCCGCUCAAGUACCUGCCGGAUGACAACAAGGACAACCGAGACCUGGCGUACACCACCGCAGCUGACGUGUGGAGCGUGGGUGUGCUGGCAUACGAGAUGCUCGUGGGCUUCCCGCCCUUCAUUACCUGCCCGCAGCCGGACGCGGUACCGGAGGCGGAUGAGGAGGGGAACGAGGAGGGAGAUGGUGCGGGCGGGGGUGCGGGUUUCAGAGCUGCAGCGGGGCUGAUGGUGGUGGGCGGCGCGGAGAGCCGGGAGCUCAGUUUUCCGCAUUUCGUGUCGGCGGGGGCGCAGGACUUCAUCGCAUCAGCGCUGAAUGAGCGUGCGAUGGACCGACCCACGGCGGCUGUGCUGUUGAAGCAUCCCUGGCUGAAACACGCGGUACGGCAGAACAGGGUUCGGCAACAGCAGCUGCAGCUUCAGCUGCAACAACAGAUGAUGCAGGCGCAGCAGCAACAACAACAGCAACAGCAGCCGUUGCAGCAGUCUCCGCUGCUGCAGCAGCCGCAGCAACAGCUGUCGCAACCACAACAGCCGGUGAGACGGCACCUGUCGCAACCACAACUCCUACCACCGCAGCAACAAGUGGCGGUGCAGCAGCAGUUUCAGCAGCAGCAGCAGCCGCACCCCCAAACCCAAAUCCACCCCCAGCAACCGGCACCGCAGCCGCAGCCGCCGCAGCAAAUAGCAGUCCAGCCGCCGCCACCACAGCAGCCGCAACGGACGCAUGUGUGUGAGCAGAAGGAGCACGCUGCAGUGGGCCGCCUAACUCGCCUGGUUUCCUCACCCGAGCAAAGCUUCUGGAGCCCACCUGCCGCACGUGAGCGGCCUGGCAACUUAUUUGUGUAACCGUUGGGACAGUUGUUGGUUGACGUCGUUUGUCGGUUGGCUUGCAGGUUUGGAGCAGGGUUCUGCAAGCAUGCGCCCAUGAGCCAUGAGGGAAUGGACAUAAGUGGGUGUGCUGCAGCCCGAUACCGUGUUGAUAUCUUUGCGUUUAUUAUGGUUAUCUUGUUUAUUUUACGGCGAACGGAGGGAGCGUUGGGUGGGGGGAGUGGAGGGCGGUAAGGAGAUUGAAUGGUGUUAAACGUGAAAAUUUGGGUUAUGGUGGUGUACUAACUAACCGUUGGUAAAGGCUGAGUUGAAACCUACAGUCAUGUAAGCGGCUGAAACACUGCUGCCUGAAGGUUGAAAGUCAACCAUCAACCGAUUCAGACGUUCAUGUGCGCAACUUGUGUUUGUUGGUGUUCAUGUGUUGCCAGGUGAGGCCUUGUGGCCAUGCGAGCGUAUUGUGCUUUGUACAUGGAUGUGAAUGAAGUACCAAGUUCAUGAGCCACACGUACACGUUGCAUGCGUGUGUUCCGUGAUGGUCUCGGAGGGGGAAGGGUGGGUUCCUAGCACCGGUUUUGGCCUGCUUGUGUCCCUUCCCGUGUAGCUGCUGGGAAGUGGUGAAUAGAACAGCAACGUACAUGGAUAACCGGGCAAUUGUCCAAUGGGACCGGCGGGGGUUUGGGUCCUGGUUCCAGCAGAACAGACCGCAUACAAUUAGUGCGGCUGUCCUGACGACCAACCCGGCUUCACACCGCCCUAUCUGCUGCGAUAUGGUUGUCGGCGCAGGCCCACACCCUUGGGCAGGCCUCAACCACUGAGGUUGAGUUGGCCAGCUGGUCAUGCAUGUGACGUACAUGGGAUGCAUGCGCUUGUGAGGUAAGAAUCUGGGCCUCUGUGUUGAUGAGGCCAGUACGGUUCAUCUGUGCAUGGAUGGUGAUGCGAAGGUGCGCAGGUGUUUAGCACGUGUGAGUUUGCAGGUGCGGAAUUCUGGCGACAGCAGCUAACAAGUUAACGCAAAAGCUCGUGCCCUAAGAGUAAGGCUGACAAAGGAGAGGUUAUGGGGUGGGUCGGAAGUUUACACUUUACAAAUUAAUGAUAAAUGCUCAUGUAUGAUGUGGGAUGAUGUGUUUUGUGUCAUGGCGAUUCCAUGGUGCCUUUAAUCGUGAAAAUCGGAGGUAAUGCAGGUUAUCUGUGCCCCAGAUGCUGUUUUGUGCCUUGCGGUGCACUGGAGUCUUGCUGUUUCAUGGGGCGGGACAGAGGGACAUCUUCCCCUUUCGGCCCCAGUCGUUUUCUGGUACGGCGGUUAUUGCACGUACAGCAAAAGGCAAUGUCUGCGUGUGUUUGUGGUGCAGCUUCUUGAUUCACUUUAUAAACGGUGGUGGUUGUUUGGUGGUUGGUGAUUGCACCGCGUCGCAAACACAACUGUUUUCAUUGCGGUGAUGAGGAAAGAGGUCCUUUCGUUCUCUUUCUAGAGCAACUCAAAACGAGGACAUAAUAGCGUGCUUUGCCAUGUAUGCAGAGCUUUUGCCGACGUGUUAUAACUUCCAGUAUAUGCGACUUUGCCUGUGACCUGAAGUCCUGAAUUAAUAUGUCAUCAUCCCUUGCGUUUUGCCAGGGAUGCUUUGCCGUGGAUGGUAACUGGUGACGGCACACACUUUUUGCGGAAACGAGUCUUGGUCUUGUUGGAUGUUUUCCAGCUGCUGCUGCUUCUUGAGCUGCAGCAGCUGCCGCUGCCUCUGAUGCCACCUGCAAAGAUGGGCUGCGGUGGUGUGAUGGAGGGACAGGAAAAGAGGGGUGGUGGGUGACGUGUCGGUGUGAGGCGUUAUGCAACAAGGUUUUAUUACAAAAAGAAGCUCGUAAAGAGACGUGAGAUUGGGUUUUCAUCAACACAUGUUGUCUGCAAGCUGCAGGUUCUUUGAGUCUUAUGGGAUUUAAUGGCAUGGCAGGAGGCUCCGUCCAAGGAAGAGAGGAGAGGAGGGAGAGCAACAGGAUAAGGAAACAGGGAAAGAGAUGGGUGAAAGGAAUUGGGAGUUGGCUUUUGGGUACAGAGUUUGGCCCCGCUUGGCCGAAUGGGGCGCGUGCGCAGCGCUUGGAAAACAGGCGUUGAUCGUUAUUAGGAACUAGGGUAGUCUUGCCGGGGGAUGGGGCUUGAGUUGAGGUCAGGGAAAGCAUUAGGAUUGGGAAUUGUCAGGGCCCCUCGGUCCUUCCUUUCCCAGGGGAUGGGAGGGGCUCCCAGUUGAGUUGUGUGCUUUGCACUUCCGUACCAGGGAUCAUGGUGGCCUCAACCCGUGUUGCCGGUCCCAGGCAUGUUGGGGUCCCUCCCGAGGGUCCUGGGCGACUUCAAGAAACGGCGCGGAUGCCUUAGCGGAUACGUACACGGUACCCCUGCCGCGUAGCAACAAUGAGUAAGCAUAGUGUUUGGCAGGAUGCAUGGUGGGUGUUAGUUGAAGAACGACUGUGAAGAACGACUGUGGUUGUAUGUUGGAAGUGAAAUGUACAGAUGAGCUGUUGUUGUUUUCUUGCGCAGGACUGUCGUAAAGCACCUGUUAGCCGGUGUGUCAGAGGCUUCUACUGGUGAUGUAAUAAGCUAAUAACUGCUGUCUUGUACCUAACCUAUAGCUGCCGAGUAGAGAAACGGUUGAUGAGGUUCACCCGCUUUCAUCCGCUUUGUGUUUUGAGCUUGUACAGCAGGCAGGUGGAUCGCCCACCGUAGCGCACACGCUUGGGAUUGUAACUCCUCAGACCUUCG